AUGGAACCAAAGCAUUCUGCUCAAAUGUCCAGGCAUUUGGACAAGCAAAAUGAUGCCCUAAUGGAAACAUACCCAGCAAUGUCCCAUGAGUUGCAUAAACUACAAGUUGAAGAGGAAACAAUCAUGCAGAAGUUAUAUGAGCUGAUGUCUGUGGAAGGUUCCAAAGUACAAUAG